AUAUCCAGAUCAUGCCAAGAAUAUUCACAUGCUUUUAGAUUGUAAGUGGUUCAAGCGUGAGAAAUAUGAGGAGUUGAAAUCUGGAAAGUUGUUCAACAAGAAUAAGAAAAAUGAAAAGAUGAUAUACAGAUAUUAUAAAUGA